AUGAAGAAGGCUAAACCAGCAAAGCCGAAGUCCAAGGUACCUGACUAUUGUGACGUUGAGCCCAAACGUGACGGAGAUGGCGAUGUCAUCUGGCCUGCAACGAAAGGGGCUAUGGAGGCAGCGAGGGAGUUCGUGAAGGAGUGUGCGGCUGCUGGGCAUAAAACGCUUAUUGUCCCGGACAAAGAUGCAGAUGGACUGUCGUCAGGUGUCAUUCUGUACAGGACUUUACGGACGCUUGGCUUGCCGGAAGACAAGAUCGAGGUGCAUCUACUGCGAAAGGGCACGAAUGUUCACGAUGAAGAAGAACGAACGGCUAUGGCCGCAAAAGAUCCAUCAUUCAUCGUAGUUCUUGAUCAAGGCUCAAGGGGAGGCCCGCCAGUCGUGGCUGACCCCAAAUCCGCCCAGGUCGUAUCGGCAUGCCACUAUCCACCGGUCGCCACAAGCGCUCUCCUUACCUAUGAGAUCUGCAAACCUCUACACCCGGAUAUCGAAGAUUCCUGCGCCUAUCUCGCCCUCACCGGCACCCACGGCGACUUAGGCAACACGCUCAAAUGGCUCCCGCCCUUCCCAGACAUGACCCAACACCUUAAGACCCACACCAAGAAAUCCAUCGGCGACGCCGUAUCCCUCCUCAAUGCACCCCGUCGUACGGCGAAAUACGACGUCAUCACAGCCUGGACGGCGCUGCUGGCAUCCACCUCGCCGAAAGACCUCCUCACAAACGCCCGCCUGCAGUCCGCGCGCUACGAGAUCAACGACGAAGUCGAACUUCGGACCCAUACUCCACCUCUGUUUAGCCCCGAUGGACGCAUCGCCGUGCUCAAAAUCGAGUCCCAAGCUCAAGUCCACCCUGUGAUCGCUACCCGCUGGGCCGGGUACCUGCACAGCAAGACCCUUGAAAUCGUCAUGUGCGCCAACUACGGGUAUCUCCCAGGCCUGGUCAACUUCUCCUGCCGUAUCGCCCGGACAGCGCGGAGUCGCGAUCCGCCGGUGAACAUCAUUGAGAGCUUGAAAGCUGCGGCUGCGCUGUCGACAGAUGGACUGCGGGAUAGGAUGGGUGAGAACUUCGCGCGUGGGCACAAGGAGGCCAGUGGUGGGAUCGUGCCAACGGCACAAUUUGAAGAGUUGAUGGGUCUUCUGAAGAUUGGCGAGAAACCGGAGAAGAAAGAUGGCGAUGACGAACCGCCCAAGAAGAAGGUGAAGACGAUUGAGAAGAGUCCUCAGAAGAAUACACUGGGUAACUACUUUGCUAAAAAGUAG